AUGGAAGGCGACUACAUCGAUGCCGGGUCGAGCAGAAGCAGAGGCAGAGGCCGGGGAAGGGGCCUGAGCGUGAGCUCCGUGGACAGCUUCCUGCUGUACACGCCCGACGAGGACAAGGCGGUGCGGCGCAAGUUCGACCGCAAGCUGGUGCUCUUCGUGGCGCUGCUCUACAUGCUGAGUUUCCUCGACCGAUCCAAUAUCGGCAACGCGCGCAUCGCCGGCAUGGACGAGGACCUGCAGUCCACCAGCCCGCCCCGCGACGACUGGUACGAGUGGGCGCUCACGUCCUUUUACAUCUCGUACAUCGCCUUCGAGUGGAUGUCCCUCCUGUGGAAGGUCAUCCCCGCGCACGUCUACGUCUCCAUGCUGGUCCUGAGCUGGGGGCUGACGGCGUCGCUGCAGGCCAUUGCCGUGUCGUAUCCGAUGCUCAUCGCGCUGCGCGUCCUGCUCGGCAUCGGGGAGGCGGGCUUCACCGGCGUGCCCUUUUACCUGAGCUUCUUCUAUAAGAGGCAGGAGUUGGCCUUUCGCACAGCCAUAUUCAUCUCCGCCGCGCCCCUGGCAACAAGCUUCGCAUCAACCCUCGCCUGGAUCAUCGUCAAAGUCGGCCAGCUCAGCCCCAUCGCCCCCUGGCGUCUCCUCUUCCUCGUCGAAGGCUUCCCCUCCGUCAUCGUCUCCGUCAUCGCCUGGAGCACCAUCCCCGACUCCCCCCAAACAGCCCACUACCUCACCAAGCGCGAAAAGAAGGUCGCCCGCCUCCGCCUCCGCCGCGAAACUACCUCCUCCUCCUCCUCCUCCUCCCCCUCCUCUUCAGGGGCCUCCAAGAAAGCAGCAUCAUCCCGCCUCAAGCCCCGCGAAAUCCUCUCCGUCCUCGCCGACCCCGUCGCCUGGAUCACACCGGCAAUGUUCUUCCUCACCAACAUGGCCUACUCCUCCCUGCCUGUCUUCCUCCCCAAGAUCCUCACCGAAAUGGGCCACGACAGCCUCACCGCCCAGGCCCUCGCCGCGCCCCCCUACCUCCUCGCCUUCCUCGUCGUCCUCUUCACGGCCCACACCUCGGACCGCCUCGCCGCUAGAACCGGCCCCGUCGUCUUCCACGCCCUCUCCUCCGCCGUCGGCUACGCCCUCCUCGCCCUCGCGAAACCCCUCGCCCUCCCCGCCUGGCUGCGCUACCUCGCCGUCUACCCGGCCGCCAUAGGCUUCUUCAACGUCGUCACGCUCGUCAUCGCGUGGAACAUCAACAACCAGCCCAGCCAGAGCCGCCAGGGCGGCGGCUUCGCCCUCAUGCAGCUCGUCGGCCAGUGCGGGCCCCUCGUCGGCACCCGCCUGUAUCCCGACCGCGACGGGCCCUUUUACACCCGCGGCAUGUGGACCUGCGCGUCGGCCAUGCUGACCGUCGCCGCGCUGGCUGUCGUGCUGCGGUUUUACUUGAGGCGCAAGAAUGGCAGGCUGGAUCAGGCUGAGAAGGAGAGGCAGGAAGAUGGGACCAUUGUUGAGGAGGAAGGGCUGGUUGUUCCGGGGAAGAAGAGGAGACAUGCAGACAAGUUUCGAUACAUGUUAUAA